AUAUGGUUUAAAGGUUUAGGAAUGUGUUCACCCAAGGCUAAUUUAGAACCAUUGCACAUACUUCGGUCUCAGACUAUAUAAAGACGGAGAGGAAAGCUGAAGAAUCAGAGCAUUCCCUGUGGACUUAAAACUAUCGCACACCAUGAAGACCGUGAUCCUAGCCAUUGCUGUUGUUGCAUUUGCAAGUGUUGCUCUGGGAGGAGUGAUUAAGGAUUAUCAUCACGGUCUGGACGACUAUGGUCAUAGCGAUCUCCUUCUUCACGGCCACGGUCAUGUUUAUGGGGGUCACCAUCAUCAAGUUAUCUAUCCUGUCGUGAAACAUGUGUCUGUGGUGAAAAAAGUUCCCGUCGUCAAGCAUGUACCAGUCAUCAAGCACGUACCUGUUGUUAAACACGUUGCAGUUGUAAAACACGUUGAUGUUGUGAAGAAAGUACCAGUUGUGAAACACGUCACUGUUGAUUUGGGGCAUCAUUACGAUGAUCAUGGUCUCGAUCUCCAUGGUCACGGACAUUAUUCUAAGUUACUCAGUCAUUAUUAAUUUCUGAAAAAAAUACAAAAUUAGUCUUUCUCAUUUUCACUUCUUACUGAUAAUCCACCUCAUCAGUUCUGGAGAACUGAGCUCUUUUAAAGGACUCUUUUCCCUCUUUAUUUCUCCGGCUGGACUAGUUGUAUAUGAUUUCACUUCUUUACCUAUGUAAAAACUCAUGAAACUAUUUUGAAUGUAAAUAGUAUUACGUUGGGAAAAAAUAAAAGAUUUUAUAAAAAUGUA